AUGUCGGUCUUACCCCAGAUUUCAGUCCGCCUUGCCAUCGCCAUCACCGUCUUGAAACACAAGCCGAAGGACCAGUCCAUUCCAAGCUAUCUCCUCGAUCUUCAGUCGCAUUUUUCUUUUUCCGACGAUAGCCAGAAAACGUCUGAUGGGCAUGCAUGGAGGAAUCAUGCGCUCUCACUAGAAAGAGAACUUGAGUCCUUGAAACAAAAGCGGGAAGAGGAUGAAGCAGAACUCGUGCAUCUGCGGCAAAACGCGACUAAGGACUUGCCAGACGACUCGGACGUUGUUCCCUCAAAGAAAAAAACGAAGAAGGUGGGCAAAACUCAGGAACUUCAACUUCGGGACAAUGACUGGCCUGCAAAACGGGGAGAACGUCUCAAUGCGACAGGCCAAUUAUCAUCAUCCCUCACCGGAGCGUUCACCUCCCUCCAAAGUGUUCUCAACUCAGUAAGUUCGCAGACAGGUGACGGACCACUAGGCAACUCGGGCCUGCUAGCUGCGAUCACUCGUACAAUUAACGCCAUCGGUAAAUUCCUAGACCUCCAAAAUAUUUUGACAUCUUCUGUGCCAAUGGAACUCAACGAGACGAGAAUUGCAAUGGCCUCCCCACUCCUGGUCCAUCUCUUGCGUGUCGCUCUUCCAGCCCUCUUCCACCAAGACAUCAGCAAUUCCAGCAGCACCGCUGUAUCCCGCCUCGUCGACACCUUGUUUGUUCCUAUUGUAUGCAGUUUCACUCCCGUAUCCCGGGCAUACAUUAUGCACCAUCUAGACGCAAGCUUGGUUAAAAAAUCUUCGAAAGGCCGCAAGGGAAGCGAAAAGGUAUCGAAACCUCCCAGCCAAACACUCGUUCCCGACCCUCGUAUGGACCUUUUGACUCUUCUCGGCGAGGCGCUGAAUACGUUAGACUCGAUAUCACCCCGCCACUCUGGGUAUACAGAUGGCAUCAGGGAGCGCAUAGCACUGGAGUCGAUUCGGGCGCUAGAGUCUUUGCUCUCUACAACAACUACCGACGGGACUAUUGGCAGCAAUGCAACUUCAGAGGAAGCGUCUUGUGGCCCGGAAUCAUCGCAGGCGUCGAAUCUACACAAACGGAGAACUGUGCUCGAUAGAAAGGAUAGGCUCGAGUCCCUAGUGCGGAAAGAUGCGACAUGGUAUCUAUGCCACAUACUCAACUCUUGCGUUAGCACAGGCGGACCGAAAGACGGGCUUGUAUCUAUGCUCAACGGUGCUCUUUUUGAUGGUGCUGCAAGAAUCAUGAAGAUGUGCAUCUCCAUGGACUGUGACGGUGUUGCGCAAGUUGGAAGGAGGUGUGCCAUCGAUGUGAUGUGCCGAAAUAUGGUCUUGGCCGCUUGUGAAAAGACAGUCAGUGCCAUACCUCAAGAGAAACUUCGCUGUAAUGUUUAGUAGCUUUCGUUGACUAUGAUUUUGCUUCACUCUGUACAGAACAAACACAAUACCAAUCUUGGAGGUUUAUUUAGUUGAUAAGUGGUAGAAUCGAUCGUCACUUGAUUCCAGACAUCGUGUCCAGGCAGCCCUUUCUUCCACAAAUUCUAGAAUGUCUUCGUCAGAGGGCUGACGUUCCAUAUCUUUAAACCAACAACUCUGGAUGAAAUUCCAGUCGCUGUCCUCGACAACAGACCCGGGCGGCCUUCUGGGGCUUGUUCCGCGUGAUAUGUUGUUAAUUAUGAUUGCGGAUGUAGUGGUUACGUGCCAGUAGCAUGAUCCCUAUGAAAGAGUAUACAUCACUUUUCGGAGAGAAUACCGGCGCCGACUCAUUGCCUUCAUCGUCGAGCGCCAAGCAUUCUGGGGCCAUGUAG